AUGUCUCACAAGCCAGCAUCAGCCCUGAAGACCAUCCCCCUCAUCUGGCCCUUUGCUGUUUGGGGACUGGAUAUGGUUGGACCACUGAGAACUGGCAGGAGCGGCUUCACUAAUGUGCUUGUUGCAGUCGACAAGUUUACCAAAUGGAUCGAAGCUAAACCUAUCAAGAACCUUGAUGCUAGCACCGCUGUCAGUUUUGUCAAAGAAUUGACAUUCAGAUAUGGAGUCCCACACAGCAUCAUCACGGACAACGGAUCGAACUUCGAUUCUGAUGAGUUCAGAGCUUUCUGCGCCUCUCAGGGCACUCGAGUCGACUAUGCUUCUGUCGCUCACCCGCAGUCGAACGGACAAGCAGAAAGAGCCAAUGGCCUAAUUCUCAAAGGGUUGAAACCCCGACUGAUGCGUGAUCUGAAACACGCUGCAGGCGCUUGGGUUGAUGAACUUCCGUUGGUUCUAUGGGGAUUAAGGAUAACUCCUAAUUGGUCGACCGGACAAACUCCUUUCUUCUUAGUCUAUGGAGCCGAAGCUGUCCUGCCAAGUGACCUGCUCCACAAUGCACCCCGAGGCGAGCUCUUCUCCGAAGAGGAAGCAGAGGAGGCCAGGCAAGAUUCAGUCGAACUCCUAGAGGAGGAAAGAGAGAUGGCCUUAAUCCGCUCGACCAUCUAUCAGCAAGACUUGCGUCGAUUCCAUGCCAGAAAUGUGAGUGGUCGAGCCUUUCAAGAAGGAGACCUGGUUCUUCGAGUGGAUCAACAGAAACCACACAAUCUUGACACCGCCAAGGAGGAGCUAGACUACAUCACCGCCAGGGCGGCGGAGGCGGUGAUUGGCAGGGAAGCUCGCAGUGCCGGCCACGUGGAGCACGAGGCCAAGGUGGCCGCGGAGGAGGAAGAGCUUGCCGGAUGGGCAGAGUCUGCUAGGGAGGCCAACAGUGCCGGCACUGGGUCCCCCCUCAUCGAAGGUGCAGUCGAGGAGUCAACCGAGGAAGAGUCCGGGGAUGACGACCCUCUGGUCACAGGGAGAAGGCGUGUCCUGCGGCGGGCUAGCUUUGGCAAGCCGGUCCGGCACGGCAGGAUCGAGCAGCAGCAAGAGGUCCAGUGGGAGUCCAUGCGCCCAACGAGGGCCGCGACAGCGAAGAAGAUGGUGAAGACCGCGGUGGCGAAGAAGAAAAUAAGUGCCGGCAACACCACUAUCUAA